CGUUAUGCGCGCUCGCGGCAAGUGGGUGGUGCUGUGGGCGCUGUGGGCGGCGCGGCUGGUGCGGCAGCCGACGCCGCCGGUGCGCGUGAGCGGCGGCUGGCUGCGCGGCUCCGUCUCUCCCGACGGCUCGCACGCGCGUUAUCUCGCCAUUCCCUACGCCACUGUACAACAGCGAUUUCAGGCACCCGGUCCUGAGCCUAAAUGGGAUGGAGUAUUUGAAGCGAUUGACGACCACAUACGCUGCACACAAACGUGGUCUCUCGGGUCAAAAUACACGAACGGCCAGGAAGAUUGCUUGAUUCUCAAUGUUUACACGCCUUUGUAUACAAAUAAUGAACCAGAAAAACCUUUGCCAGUUAUGGUCUUUAUCCAUGGAGGAGCAUUUUUCCGACGGUCAGCAUCAAGGUUCGUGUAUGGUCCCGACUACUUAAUAAGUAAAGGAGUUGUGCUAGUCACUUUCAACUACAGGCUACAUGUUCAAGGGUUUUUGUGCUUGGGCAUCAAGGAAGCCCCAGGGAACGCGGGCAUGAAAGACCAAGUAGCAGCGCUGAAGUGGGUACAGAGGAACAUCAGGGCGUUCGGCGGUGACCCUGAUAAUGUAACCAUUUUUGGCGAGAGUGCUGGAGGAGCUUCUGUCGCUUUGCACGUCCUUUCGCCAAUGUCCAAGGGCCUCUUCCAUAAAGCUAUCGCGCAAAGUGGCUCUGCUCUGUCAGGUUUUGUCUUCCAAUUCGACCAAGUCCAUCAGGCCAGUUUGCAUGCCAAAGCAAUGGGUCUUGAUAGCAAAGAUCCUCACGAAAUACAUAAGUUUUUUAUUAACAGUAGUGAUUCAGAUUUGGUCGUAGCAAGAGUGCCAAGAUUAGAAGGCACUACAAUAAUGUUAUCAGAAAUACAAUUCUCGCCGUGUGCUGAGAAAAUUAUAGAAGGAGAAGAACCUUUUUUGACAGAUUUGCCUUACAAUAUCUUAGUAGAUGGAAAAUACAAUAAAGUGCCUAUGAUUAUAGGAUCUAAUACAGAAGAAGGAUUGUUAUUUGCUGGUAUGGAGAACACACAUUAUUUAGAAAAAGUCGAUUACGAAAUGGUGUUUCCAAAAGACUUGGAAUUUCCAUCUGACGAAGUACGGAAAGAUAUAGCUCAAAAAGUGAAAAAACUGUACAUGGGUGAAAACGAGAUAUCAGCAAAGACCUUACCACAGAUAUCCAAAUUAUAUGGGGAGCCAUUUAAUAACUACCCUCCGGUAGAAGAAACGAAUCUCAUAAUGCAGACGAGUGAGCAACCAGUGUGGCAUUACUUAUUUGGUUAUGAGGGUAGAAGGAACAUAUUGAAGCGGAGUGUGGGCUCUCAUAACGCGAGUGGCGCCACACAUGGCGACGAGUUAUUUUAUUUAUUUAGUCAAGAAAUCAUACCCACACUCUUUGAAACGGAUAUGAUCCAGAAAAUGACGACGUUAUGGACGAAUUUUGCUAAAUACGGUGAUCCAACGCCAGAAACCAGUGAGCUAUUACCAGUGAAGUGGUCACCAGUGACUCCAGAUCACCAACGCGCCCUCUACAUUGACAGAGAGAUCAAAACUGUACCUCUAUGGUACACAGAAUCUCUUAUUUUCUGGAGAGACUUGUACGCAAAGUAUCGGAGAUCGUUAGACUUUUAAGAAUAAUUAAUGAUUAAUUUAUUGUAAAAUAGGAAUACUUAAGACUAAGGUGGAGUUGCACCACCUAACUUUGACCGUAACUUUGACGAUAACCGGUGCUUUUUAUAUAGAUUUUGACAGAUUUUUGACGUUUGUCUAAGUUAAAGUAAGAUGGUGCAACCCAGCCGAAGUAUUUAAAAAGACUUGAAAGGUGAGAGUUGACUGACAGUUAUUUUAUAUUUUUUCUUUCCCCCCCUAAUAAUGGUGAUAUGUGUUUUCACCUCCAUAUAGUUUUUGUAUUAACUUUCAGAUCAUAGAUUACACACCACAAUACACUAAACCACUAAUGGUUGCUAAUAACUUACUCUAAUUUCUACUGGGCGCAAAGGUUAACAGGAGGAGAAUGCUAUAUGCUAUUAAAUUAAUAAUGCUUCCUUUCAAUGUGCAGAUAAGUUUUAAAUAAGUAAGUCUAAUAAUUGUAUACUAUCUCUACCAACCACAUGCAAAAUACAUGACUU